AUGCAAUCAUCACUAGAGGGUAAAUUGGAACAUGACUUCACAGAUGAUCUCCCAGUGGAUGUUGCUCUCCAGUACCGAAUUCUAAAAAAAUUACUUCCAUCUCAUGGAGGAGAAUGUCAACAUACAGACAGUGCAGUUUCUCCCUUUAGGCAUGUUAACGGAAAUGAUAGGAACGGUAGUAUACCUCACAGUAUAGUAUCACCUUGCUAUUUGCCGCCGCAAUCAAUGGUGGGAUUUGCAAAUCAGCGAAGGGUCACGGAUUAUCGUCAACCACCGAUCUCAUCAUCAUUAUUAUUAACAUCAUCAUCAUUAUCGUCUUCACCAUUAAAAAUAUCACCCGGAUCCGUCACUGAAUCUACAGAGGAAAGUGAGAGAACACUGUGUGAAAUUGAACGUGGUGGUCCCAUUCUCGAUCAGUUAGUUCAAGAUCAUCUUGUCUAUACCCAGCUGUAUAGUCUACUAAAAAAUACUCAAAAAAAUGCUUGGGAUUCACUUUUUGACUAUGAAACAAAUCAAAGAGAUUUGAUAGAAAAAAUGUCCGAAUGCACAUUUGAUAAUGGGAUGUUAUUAUUAGUUAAAGAAUUACUCCUGCAACUCUCUAUAUAUUCCAAACGAACAUCAACAGCAGAGGCUAGGGAGCGUCAAUUACAGUCUGAUAUGGAGGAACUUUGGCUCCGGAAUCAGCAGCUUAAAGAGCAGCUGCGAAGUAUAGAAUUCUCACGCCUGUCAAGAGUAGAGGGAAUACAGGAACAAGAAAGUACAGUUCAUGCAUUAGAAAUAACUCAAGAGGAACUGCAGAUGUCACGUCAAAUUAUUUUAGAACUUCAACAACAACUGAAGGAUAAUGAAGUGUCGUCUAAAGAGGCUCUGCGUUCCAUGAUGAGUGAAGUGGAAGAACUCAAAUUACAGUAUUGUCAAUUAGUGAAUUCCCAAUCAAACAGUAUAAUAAACGUAGAUAGGGGGUCGAGUAUGGCUCCUAUUAAUACUACCAUCCAUACCAAUACUACAAAUGUUACCACUGUAACUAAUGUUCCUGAGUUUAAAGAAAAUGAAAAUGGUAUAAUGGCACUAAGGAUGCAGGUAGAACAACUUCGUCAUCAGUUAUCGUUAAAGGAUGCAUCUAUUAAUAUACUUAAUGAUGAACUUGCAGAAUUACGUGAAGUGUCCAGGGAAUUGGGGGCAUCUCAAGCACGAGUACGCACAUUAGAACGGAGGUUAAGUGCAACCAGAGCCUCUUCAGGUAUUCGUGGUUAG